GGUCUAUAAAGAAAUAGGGCUGAUAAAGUUUAAAUAAAGCUUUUAAAGAAAAACAUUGCUAAGCAAUCCUUUAUCCAUUUUUAAUUAUUUCAGUCAAACUUAAUGAGGAAAAUGAUGUGGAAUAAUUUGUUUGAAAAUCAAACUUUAGGCAUUCUGUAUAGUUUUUUUGUAAAACUAUGUUCAACAUAAUACCUCUUAAAGAUGUUUUGCUUAAUCUUAAUGGUACAGAAGAACUGUGUCAGUUAUUUGAAUGUAUGAAUCCUCUUAAAAGAGAUACUUUGUCACAAAAAGGAUCAAAAGAAAAGUCCUCCGCUGUUGUUCGAGAUAUUUUUGUUUUACAAAGUCAUGUCUUAGUUCUUGUUGGAGAUUUGCAGCUGAUUGCAUUUGAUCAAACUCCAAUUGUUGCUCCAAAUAAUGCCUAUGGAAAGGAUUUAUUGUCUUGCUCAACACACAAAAUCACCAGUGUUCUGGAUGUAUUUGUUGAUAACAAUCUAUUAGAGUAUGUUUUUAUUAUUUCAAAAUCUGGUGAGCUUAUUGUUUGGACUUUCAGGCGUCCAUCGUAUAAAUGGCAGAUGGAAGCCACAAUCUUGUUAUGUAAAAAAAAAGGAAGCCAAUUGUUAUCUUAUACAUAUGACAACCAAAAUAAAGUUUUAGUUUGGUGUGAAAAGAUCACUGCAUCUCAAUGUUGUAUCUACUCAACAGAAUUUAAUUUUACUGACAAUUUUUCUGUAAAAAGCACGCAGCAAAUACUAUAUAACUGUUUGCCAAUGUCUAUUCAUUUUCUAGCUCAGUCCAAUUUUUGUUUUAUUUCCUACAUUCUACCUAGUUUAAUGUUAUUCUGGUGCAGCUCAUCAGGUAAAAUGACUGUCCGAAUGUGGGGAGAUUUCUUUAAUACAAAGUUCUUGCCAGUGUUUACAACUGAUUAUCAAAGUAUUAUUAAAGGUUGCAUUUCCUUAUGGAUUGAUUCACCUUCCUCUGAAAUAAAAUUCAUUGCAGUUGCAUCUCAUUCUAUUACAAAAGAGCUAAUAGUGCUGCAGCACGAUCUUCAAGUUAGUAUAGUUGCAGUUAAAGAAUUAGAAAUUAUUUCUUCACACUUAUGCACUUUAGAAACAACAGAAACAGAAAUAUUUGCUCAACAAGUCACUGGUAUAUAUUUAAUUAACCAUCUACUGCUGGUUUUAAUGAGUGAUGGUAAAAUUAAUGUUUUUGACACUAAGUAUGGACUUUUUUUAUGGAAAACUGAGUCAUAUGUUAGUACUUUACCAAAGUUAUGGGUCAGGAAAGGUGAAUUUCCAGCUAUAGGUAUUUGGAAUAAUGCUGGUAUAUGGGUAUUAUAUGCGAAAUCUGUAGUUGAACAACUUAAAGAGGCAAAAACCAAACAAGAAACUAAAAGUCCUGUUGCACAAAAUGUUGGACAAACUGCUAUAAUUGAUGGUUGCUUGUUGCGAAGAAAAGUUGAUAUUUAUAAAGGAAUUAGUCGAAAUGCAAGAACACCUUUGCAUUAUGCAUUUGAAAUAUUAGAUAGUUGGAAUCUUUCAAAACACUCAACAGAGCUAGCUUUAAAAGAAGCUUUGAAAAUUAAAGAGUUGACAAAAGAUGACAUAAGUGCCUUUAACACAAGUGAUAUUUUAUGUUUGGUUAAUCAAAUUAAUGAUCCUGUAUUACUUCUGAUUUUAUUUUGUGACGGGGAUUUUUGUUAUCUUAUCAAAAAAGAAGUUGUUUGUAGGCUUUUUAAAUUGCUAAAACUGAUGGAAUUCGAUGUCAUUGAUAAAGAGUAUUCAAUUUUGUUCAAAGAGUAUUUGAUGCUUGAAGAAAAAAUAAAAUCAAGCUUAUCAACUUAUGAAUUUUGUGAGACACUUCUUGAUGACGAAUCAAUUUUUCGUAAAGAAUUUCAAAACUUAUUAACUUUAUCAAACUCUGAACUUGAGGCAUCUUGUGAUCUACAGAAUUCGAUAGAAAAGUGCUUAUGUUUUUUAUUUGAACUAAACCAGAAGUUAUUUGUAAAACUUUUUAUCAGUUUGAUACCCUUGCAAAGCACUAUGCAAACAUUUGAGUUUUCUUAUAUUUUGGAAAAUUGUAAUGAUUUAUUCGAUUUGUUGUUUAAGGCAUUAAUAAGGGUAGAAAGCUCCAUUUUUUAUAUGUUUUGGACAGCUGUUUGGGAUGAAUCCCCAAUGAUUCUUUCUUCUUUGUUCAAUGAUAUAUUUAGCAAGCAUCCAGAUAUGGAAAAACCAAUCAUUGCAAAAUUUUUAUCCAUAAUUUGUCUACCAGAUUCAAAUGAUGAUAGUAAUGUGUUGGUUGACCAAGUUCAAGUGUAUUGUUUGUUACUUUUGCGGUUGUCUCCCGAAAAUGAUGACAAAGCAUGUGAUAUAUUUCUAAAGUACUCUUUAAUUGAAGAUGCUAUAAGUAUAUUAAUGAAAAACAACAACAACUCGCUUAAGCACAAAUCACUGUUUUACAGGUUGUUAUUUUAUACCCUGAAAAAUAAACAGUUUAAAUCAUUUGUCCAAUAUUUCAGCAUUUGUAUUCCAGAAAAUUUUAAUAUUGGUACCUUUAAUAGUAUAUGUAUGGCAUCUGGGUGUGACAGUGUAACAGAAAGUGUUUUUACUAAAAAUCCAAAUGACAUAGAUAUAAGUUCUGUCACAGAUUUUUUCAGCAAUUUAUUACAAAGAGACUCAAAAUUCUCUGAUUAAAUAAAAAAAGAAAAAGUUUGUUUAAUAUAAUUUUUAUUAAUAUUAUUAAUGUGCAA